AUGUUUCAAACAACAUUAUGUCACAACAUUGAAUUUAGUGGUGCCAGUGCAACAGAAUUUAAACAAUUAGAAUUCAGAGUUGAUGGUAAAAAUGGUACAGCAACCUAUCUACUCGUGGCAACAAAUGUUGAUAAAAGUUAUAAGGUGACAGUAUGCUAUGCAUAUCAUCAUAUUGAUCAACAUAUUUUGGAUCAUGGAGGAUUUACUAUGCAAACAGCUGAUAUAACACUUGAUUGGAUGAGAGUAAAAUCGUGCAAAAGUUUAGCAACUAUGUUACCAUCGAACUUAGUACCACAACUAAUUUAUGAAUAG